CGAGCAAAUCUUUCGCGAUCAUCUUUCUUUCCCCGAUGACGACAUUGGAUGGUGAAUCCGAAACCGAUGCGUGCCUCCGUGGAUCGAGGUAUUGCCUCACCGGCGAUAAGUGAGAUGGUCGCCCGCGGCCGGUAGUUCGUCGUGUUUCGAGUGAUUCGGGGAGGGAAAAACCAAAUAAGCGAAAGGUGAUUCUAAAUCUCUCGUGAGACUCACAAAUUACGAUUGUACCAGGCAUGGCGCAUCAGCUGCUCUUCUCAGCCAGCAAGCUGGAGAGGCUGCUCCUGCAGUCAGCUCAGAAAGGUUAUUUCGACACGUUUCAGUUGAGACGACACUUAUCAUUACUUAAAAAUAGUACUGCACAAUCUGCCAUUGAACAGGUGCAGCAGAAAUGGAGAUUAUUUUGUAAAGAGCCACCCAAAGGAUUUGAAAAAUUCUUCAAAAAAGGUGAAGGUAAAAAUGGUAAAGAUGCAGCUAAAAAAGCUGAAGAAGCAAGUAAAGAAACUAAUACAAAAAAACCUCCCCCAUCAUCAUCUUCAUCUUCAUCUACUUCGUCAUCUUCCAAGGAUUCAAUUUUCCAGGGGUUAUUUAAAAUGGAAACUGGUUCAAAAGGAGGUAGAUCGUUUGAUGGUCAUGAUAAGGAUAAAAUAUUCCUUUCUGUUGCACUUGCAACAAUUGGUGUGCUUUCCUACGUAAUUGUCCAAGAUUUGAAUCAGAAAGAAAUCACUUGGAGAGAAUUUAUAUAUAAUUAUUUAAAUAAAGGUGUUGUCGACAAGUUAGAAGUAGUAAAUAAGAAAUGGGUGCGUGUUAGAUUUUUACCUGGACAUACCGUUAAUGGUUCUGAAUUUGUAUGGUUUAAUAUUGGAAGUACUGAUACCUUUGAAAGGAAUUUAGAAAAUGCACAAUUAGAAUUAAAUAUGGGACCUGAGAAUUAUAUUCCUGUGGUCUACAAAAAUGAAAUAGAAGUUGCGAAUAUUUUAUCGUAUAUACCACAUAUUAUUAUGUGGGGAUUCUUCAUAUUCUUAAUACGAAGAUCUGCGGAAGUAAUGUCUGGUAAAGGAGGUAAAAGAGGUGGACUUUUUGGUCAAGUAAUGGAAUCAACUGCGAAACUUAUAAACUCGAAAGAUAUCGAUGUACGAUUUAAGGAUGUAGCCGGGUGUGAAGAAGCUAAAAUCGAAAUUAUGGAGUUUGUAAAUUUCUUAAAAAAUCCACAGCAGUAUAUAGACCUUGGGGCUAAAAUUCCAAAGGGCGCUAUGUUAACAGGGCCUCCUGGUACCGGUAAAACUUUGUUAGCUAAAGCUACAGCUGGUGAAGCGAAUGUACCCUUUAUUACAGUAUCAGGUUCAGAAUUCUUGGAGAUGUUUGUGGGUGUUGGCCCUUCCAGAGUACGCGAUAUGUUUUCUAUGGCACGAAAGCAUGCACCGUGUAUAUUAUUUAUUGAUGAAAUUGAUGCAGUUGGACGAAAGAGAGGAGGUCGGAACUUCGGAGGACAUUCUGAGCAGGAGAAUACAUUGAACCAGCUCUUGGUAGAGAUGGAUGGAUUUAAUACGACGACUAAUGUGGUUGUACUAGCGGCGACUAAUAGGAUAGAUAUUUUAGAUAAAGCAUUAUUAAGACCUGGAAGAUUUGACAGGCAAAUAUUUGUUCCUGCACCUGAUAUCAAAGGACGAGCAUCCAUUUUCAAAGUGCAUUUAGCUCCUUUGAAAACGAAAUUAGAUAAGGAUGAAUUAGCGAGAAAAAUGGCUUCCUUGACGCCUGGAUUUACAGGAGCUGAUAUUGCAAACGUUUGCAAUGAAGCAGCCCUGAUUGCGGCAAGAGAUUUAAAUGAUUAUAUUCAACUUAAAAACUUCGAGCAAGCUAUUGAGAGAGUAGUUGCUGGAUUGGAGAAAAAAACCAAAGUAUUACAACCAGAAGAAAAGAAGACGGUUGCGUACCAUGAGGCUGGUCAUGCGAUAACUGGCUGGUUCUUAGAGCAUGCAGAUCCACUUUUGAAGGUAUCCAUUAUUCCACGCGGUAAGGGAUUAGGAUAUGCUCAAUACUUGCCGCGUGAAUUGUAUCUUUACACAAAGGAACAAUUAUUCGAUCGAAUGUGCAUGAUGCUUGGUGGACGAGUAUCGGAAGAAAUCUUUUUCGGCAGAAUAACUACAGGUGCACAGGAUGAUUUACAGAAGAUUACAAAAGUUGCAUAUGCACAAAUUACGCAAUACGGUAUGAACGAAAAAGUUGGAAACGUCAGUUUUGAAAUGCCAAGUCCAGGAGAAUUUGCCUUUGACAAACCGUAUUCGGAAUAUACCGCACAACUUAUCGACAAUGAAGUUCGAGAAUUGAUCGAUAAGGCGCAUAAACGAACGCUAGCUUUGUUGAACGAACAUAAAGAAGACGUGAUUAAGGUCGCUGAACGAUUGUUGAAGCAGGAGAUUUUAAGCAGAAACGACAUGAUCGAAUUACUCGGACCCCGUCCUUUCCGUGAAAAAUCUACCUAUGAAGAAUUUGUUGAAGGCACGGGCUCUUUCGAAGAGGAUACUACAUUACCGGAAGGUUUGAAGGAAUGGAAUACGCAGAAGGGAGAAUCUUCUGAGGAUGGUGACAAGAACAAAGCAGCGAACAAAGCGCAGCCUUCCAAGACAGCCUCUGGCGAUAAAUAGCUGCAGUAACGAUUGUAAUUGUAAUAUUUUAGUCUCACAAAUACUUUGUACUAUAGUUUGAAAUAUACAAUUAUGAUAAGUUUACAAAU